AUGUUUGGUUUUUCUCUUUUCACAGAGCGUCCUCCUGCGCGCCGCCGCCGCGUCUACGAUGACCGACUUUGUCCACCCACAAUCAUCUCUUUACCCCUUCCAACACCAGUUGAGACAACCACUGUCGUCCGUACUCCCUUGGUUUCCGACCCUACUCCCCGCAAACCGGCUCCCCCCCAUGCCCCAACUAUUUUCCGUGUCUCGCCCGCAAGGCCAGUCAUCCCAGCCGCUCUCGCUCGUUUCUUCGACACCUCCAGACCUGCCAAAUUCGAUAUCAGCGAGCGCCAUACUGCAUCGAAGCAGACAAGGGCCCCGAAAUUCUAUGACAUGCAUCUGCACCACGCGCUCCGUUUGAAGCACAUCAUCAUUCUCGACCACCUCCCAUAG